CGUCCGCCCUUAGUGCCAGCACAUUCCUUCACAUCAAAAUCACAUAGAUUCGUGUCUUUGCAUCGCCUUUUCAAUCAAGUCGCAACCCUGCAAGCUUCGCAUUGCAUUGCGUUCCAGCAGCAACAUUGAAUCGCAUCGCAUUGUGCUGCAUCACCGCAGAAGUUCCUGAAGGAUCAUGAGCGACAACGAAGGGGGGGACUUGCAGCUGCUAGUCGAAAGCGUGGCGUGCGUGCGCACGGCUUUGAAUGAAAUACUCCUCUGCCACGAACAGGCGCUGAACGCUCUCGAGAACCUCGAGGGCAACGUCAGAGCUGUGGAGCUGCUGCUGGAAUACGGCGCGGACACCUCCAUCAAGAACGUCAAGGGGACCACGGCCCUCGACGUGGCCUCGACGCCGCAAAUACAACGACUCCUCAGAAACGCG